AACCUCCGAGAGCCUUAUAUCUAUCUCUCCUCCUCUACCUUGCCGAUUGCUUCGAGCUCUCCCACCACUCGCACUAGUAGCUGUCUAUUCCUAACCUCUAACGACCGGGAACACCGGGUCGAGUCGGUCGAGAGCCUCGAGCGAUCGAUCGCGCCGCGAAGUUUGAUGGAGUCUGCCAGUUUCAAGAGCAUCAGGAUCACGAUCAAGCGGAACCUGUUCUGCAUAUUAUUCCCCACGUUCACGGUGCUCGCGAUUUACGCGGACCUGAGGCACACCGCUCGCUGGAAGCGCCAACUCGCCGAGCAGCAGCAGGACAAGUGAGACCGUCGGAAGCAUGGGCG